CGAGAACUACCCGACCCAGAGGGCCCGGCGUCGAGCGCUAUCGCUUUUUAGGCUUAUGCAGCCAACAACCUGGAUCGAGCCGGAACAGCAUCUAGAACAGGGAGUGCUCGUGCCCCUUCCCUAUGCCACCCUCACGAUGCCCCUGUCCCGCUUGCUGAGAUCUGUGGGGGUCUUCCUGCUGCCCGCCCCCUGCUGGGCACCCAGGGAGAGGUGGCUGGGUUCCCUACGGAGGCCCUCCCUGGUGCACAAGUGCCCAGUCCUGGGGGCCUGGCACAGUGCCCGCUGCUGGUGCCAAGUGUGGACCGAGGAGCCUCGAGCACUUUGCUCCUCUCUCAGGAUGAAUGGAGACCAGAAAUUGGAUGUUUAUGCUCAAGAAAAGCAGAAUUUCAUCCAGCACUUCUCUCAGAUUGUCAGGGUGCUGACUGCAGAUGACCCAGAGCACCCAGAGAUUGGAGAUGUCCUUGCCCGGCUCAAGGAGAUCCUAGAGUACAAUGCCAUCGGAGGCAAGUACAACCGGGGUUUGACGGUACUGGUAGCCUUCCGGGAGCUGGUGGAGCCAAGGAAGCAGGACGCUGACAGUCUGCAGCGGGCGCUGACCGUGGGCUGGUGUGUGGAGCUGCUGCAGGCUUUCUUCCUGGUGGCAGAUGACAUCAUGGAUUCAUCCCUUACCCGCCGGGGACAGGCCUGCUGGUAUCGGAAGCCAGGCAUAGGCUUGGACGCCGUCAACGACACUCUCCUCCUGGAGGCCUGUGUCUACCGCCUGCUGAAGCUGCACUGCCGGGAACAGCCCUACUACCUGAACCUGCUCGAGCUCUUCCUGCAGACUUCCUACCAGACGGAGGUCGGGCAGACUCUGGACCUCAUCACAGCCCCGCAGGGUCAGGUGGACCUGAGCAGAUACACCGAGAAGAGGUACAAGUCUAUUGUCAAGUAUAAGACAGCUUUCUACUCCUUCUAUCUGCCUGUUGCUGCUGCCAUGUACAUGGCUGGCAUUGACGGGGAGAAGGAGCACAGCAGCGCCAGGAGGAUCCUGAUGGAGAUGGGCGAGUUCUUCCAGAUCCAGGAUGACUUCCUUGACCUUUUUGGGGACCCCAGUGUGACAGGGAAGAUUGGCACCGACAUCCAGGACAAUAAGUGCAGCUGGCUGGUGGUUCAGUGCCUGCAGCGGGCCACUCCGGAGCAGCGCCAGAUCCUGCAGGACAAUUACGGGCAGAAAGACGCCGAGAAGGUGGCGAGGGUGAAGGCGCUGUACGAGGAGCUGGACCUGCCGGCCGCGUUCCUGCGGUACGAGGACGACAGCUACAGCCGCCUCAUGAGCCUCAUCCAGCAGCACGCCGCACCGCUGCCCCCGGCCAUCUUCCUGGGGCUGGCGAACAAGAUCUACAAGCGGAACAAGUGACCCGAGACCACGCGGGGUGGG